CUCCAAACUCAGUCUCUUGUACAAUCAAGUCCUCUUAGAUCGAUCAGCAAGAUAGCAACCAAAACGAUCCCACCGAUUACAGCCACUUGAAAGCUUGAAGAUCUGCUAACUCGCCGGCGACAAUGUCGAGCAACGGCCAGAAGCAGAUGCAGAAGCCGCAGGCACCACCGGCGUCUCUGUCCGCGGGGCACGACGCGGAGAUCAAGAAGGUGUUCUCCCGCUUCGACGCGGACGGGGACGGCAGGAUCUCGCCGUCCGAGCUGGCCGCGGUGUCGCACGCCAUAACGCCGCCGCCGAGCGAGUCCGCGGGCGGCCGGGAGGUGGGCGCGAUGAUGGAGGAGCUGGACGCCGACCGCGACGGGUACGUCGACCUGGGCGAGUUCACGGCCUUCCACGGCCGGGGCGGGCACGACCUGGACGCAGAACUGCGCGACGCCUUCGACGUCUACGACAUCAACGGCGACGGCCGCAUCUCGGUGGCGGAGCUGAGCAAGGUGCUGGGGCGGAUCGGCGAGGGGUGCACCAUCGAGGAGUGCGAGCGGAUGGUCGCCUCCGUCGACGUGGACGGCGACGGGUGCGUCGGGUUCGAGGAGUUCAAGAAGAUGAUGUCAACCGACGCCGCCGCCGGCGCACAGCCCGAGGCCGGCGUCCCUAAUGGCAAGCCCAAGAAGGAGUGAUCCAUGCGUGCUGCGCUUGUGCCACCUUGGAGUUCCCAGGACAUGCGGCUCUCCGGUGUUUGGGUGGCGGAGGUCCUCCUCUAUUUUACCCUCAUCGGCAAAGCUUUCUUCGUGUUCUGCACCCGCGGUGUUUCUCGUUGGGAUCACCCAUGGUGUUCCUCGCUGGUCUGUGAGUUUUGUUGGUCGAUUCCUGGUGGUGGCCGGCCUAUGGUGGCGUCUGCGACGGCGGAGUUGUCUCAUCGGUUGCGAUGGUUGUCGGUUCGCCCGUGCUUGGGUAAGCACCGGUCCGACAAUGUGUCCCGCCCUGCGCUUGCUCUUCCUCAUCGUAGGAUGUAAUAGUCGUGCCAAGUGUUCGCAUUUCCGGUUGUAGCACCAUGGGUGGCCCUUUUCUUGUGUGUGUGUGAUGUUCUACCUUGUAAGCUGGGCUCAGCAUCUUGUAUCUGUUUCGCCGUUCAAGGCAUUAUUAAUUUAA